CGUUAUACGCCAACGUUUGCAUACGUUAGCUCGCUGUCGCUGCAAACACUAAUCGUUGCUGCGAUUUCGUUUUCUCGUCGCUGCGCCAGCGAACUCUGUUUCGCUGCCACCAUCAUACGCUGCUGCCGUCUCUACUGCUGCUUCGUUAUACGCCAACGUUCGCAUACGUUAGCUCGCUGUCGCUGCAAACACUAAUCGUUGCUGCGAUUUCGUUUUCUCGUCGCUGCGCCAGCGGUAAGUGUACGCAUACAUUGUUUCGCUGCAGUUGGUAAAUUUGCGUGCUGCUGUUAUUGGGCUUAUCGUUGCCAUUGCACUCUGUUUCGCUGCCACCAUCAUACGCUGCUGCUCAGCUGCUGCCGUCGCCACUGUUGUACGUUAACGUAUGCGAACUCUAUUUCACACCCGCUGCAAACCCUAGUCGUUGCUGCGAUUUCGUUUUAUCGUCGCUGUGGGUUAACUGUAAGUUUACACAUAUUUUUUCGCUGCAUUUGGCACAUUUGCGUGCUGCUGCUGCUUGACAUACCGUUGCCUAGGCGCUCUGCGUCGCUGUCACCGUCGCCACUGCAUCAUCUUCGCUGCAGCUCAGCUGUAUCGUUUGCACUCGCUGACUUCGCUGCCUAACUUUUCGCUGCUACCCAACAAACAUUUAAGCGGGAUUUGCCAUUUGUCGUUACUCUCAGUGUCCCGUUGCUCCAGAGGUCAUCCAAAGAUCAUUUCGCGAAUAUUCGUUAAAUUCAACAGCCGUUGUUACUGAUAUUCGUUGUUGUUAUUGAUCGCUGUCGUAUUAAAACACACAUCGUGUGCAUACGUAAAUUUUCGCUAGUUUCUCACUCUAUUUAAAAUGUCUCUAGAAGAGUUGAAACAACAAAGGGCUAAUAUCAAGAAGAAUAUUUCCCGCAUCAAAAACAUUGUUGAGGCCAGUCUACGACCAGGUGGUAAAACACUCUCCGUAGCUGAGUAUAAAUGUCGGCUUGGAAUUCUUGAAUCGUACUUCAAGAAUAUGUUGUCUACCCAAACCGACAUCGAGAGGCUGGAUUCGGAGGAUGGUGGUCGUGCAGACCUAGAGGAGCUAUACAUCACAACGAAGUUGACCAUUCAGACCCAACUAACUGAAGAUCACAACGCCACAAUUUCAGAAAGCACUUGUGUCAUGCAGGCAAGUUCUAAACUUCCCAAACUUAAACUUCCUUCAUUCAGCGGUAAAUAUUCUGAAUAUAAAAAUUUCAUAACAUCCUUUAAGCAAAUAAUUAACCGUGAGUAUAGCCUCUCAAACAUAGAGAAAUUUAAUCAUUUACGCAAUUGUCUCCAGGGUCCAGCGUUAGAAAAAAUUGAUGCGUUUCCAGUUUCUAAUGAAAAAUAUCCGAAGGCAUUGGAUAGACUUAAGGUUCGGUAUGACAAUGCAACCUUAAUAUUUUUAGAAAACAUAUGUUCGCUGUUUGAACAUUCGUCAGUUUCCAAGUCCAAUGGCGCCCAGUUGAGAAGUCUCAUUGACAAAGCGUCUGCGAUUUACGGCUCAUUAUUGUCAUUGGGCACAGAAAUCCAAAUUUCACAAGCCAUGCUUAUUUAUUUAGUUUUACAGAAGGCAGAUGAGGAGCCAAACCGUAAAUGGAAGGAGUCUCUAGAUUUUAAAACAUUACCGACCUGGAACGAUUGCACCAAGGUUUUGGAGAGACAUUGCCAGUACCCCGACUCGAUUGAUAACUCUCAAGCCAAGAGCCAUUCAUUUGCUUGUUCGAGUCCGUCAUGUUCGAUGUGCUCCAGCAACAGUCACAAAAUACAUAGUUGUGAUCGCUUCAAGGCACUUAACGUGUCACAGCGUUUUGACCAC